AUGACGCUCCAAUGUUGUGUGGCGCCGCGCACCCAUUCUAAGGCAAAUGGACAAAUUACUCCACUUAAACCAGUGUUCAUGACUGUACAUGACCUUGGAUGCAAUCAUUACCAGUACGAGGACUUUGUUGGCAAUUCAAACAUGCUGCCCAUUAUGCAACGAGCAGCCUGGAUCCACCUUGAUCUACCCGGACAAGGAGACGGAGAUACGGAGUUACCGUCAAAUUAUGUGUUCCCACCAAUCAACAAACUCCCGGAUGCAAUGAAAGAAGUGUUGGAUCAUUUUAAAGUCAAGCAAGUGAUCCUAUUUGGAGAGGGUGCAGGCGCAAACAUUUUGGCACGUUUUGCAAUGUCAUUCGAUGAGAUGGUCCUAGGUGCAAUAUUGAUUCACUGCACCGGCGCGUCAGCAUCGUUCGCCGAAUCUAUCAAAGACAAGCUUGUGAACUGGAAAUUGAACAUCUCAGGCAUGAACACAGCUACUGAGAGCUUUUUAAUCAUGCAUCGUUUUGGACCACUCGUUGGUGCAGAAAAUGAAGUGGAACUGAAAAAUGCCAUUGAAACAUUUCGACAGAACUUACGGCACUCAAUCAAUCCGAAGAAUUUGAACAAAUUCAUUGCAGCCUAUAUGCAGAGGAAGAACUUGAACGACAAUUUAUCCAAACUGAAAUGCCCCGUUCUGUUCAUCGCUGGAUCCUUGUCGUCACAGCGACGGGCAUGCCGUCAGUUGUACGAGGAUUUGAUGAGGGCACAGAAAGACAAAGGUGGAAGUUCGAUUUCUCGGGAAUAUUUUGAGAUAGACGGAGUUGCCAACGUCAUUACCGAAAGGCCGGAGAAAGUGGUCAGCAGUAUGCAGUAUUUCCUUCAAGGUCUUGGCUUACUAAGCAAUUUGAAAUUGCAGAAAACUCCAAUGAGCUUAAAUCGCCGAAUGUCCAUGCAAGAUUAUGAUCGUCCGCUGGGAAAAAUGCAUUUUGUGAGCAGACUGUCUCAGCAACUUACCGAGGAAGCAGACUGAGGGACAUUUAAUGUCAUCUUGGGAUGCAGAAUGCUGCGUCUACUCAAGUGCAGUUUCACAUCUUGGCACUACACAGAUUUGACGGUAGAGAAACAUUUGUUCGAGUGAAACUACUCCGGAGGAUUUUGAACCCACACCUUCUUAUGUCUAUCUGAAGAUUCCUGGAAGCAUUGGAUAACUCCUGUAUUAAUCCGCAUGUAGUGUACACUCCGCGCCAUCGGGUUUUGGGUAUCUCGUCGCCUAGUUUACUUUUGCUUCCUUGCUUCCUAUAUUUGUCGCCCACUGUGUAUACUUUACCCCAAUAUUAUAUAAAUACACAUACAUUCGAC